AUGGGCAAAACACUCGUCUACCCCAAGGGGAUCAGCAACACAGCAAACCGCUACGCCAAACGAGUGACCUACGACCUUGGGCCAAUUCACUCCAUCAUCAACUCUGCUGCCUACUUGGAUGUCGCUUUCGUUCCAGGCGGCGAUGACCCAUUCCCCACCAUCAUCCCUAUGAUCGGACAGAUGGGAUCGUUUGAGUUCCCAUCAAACGGCAUCGAUGACCCUCUAGACUGCUACAUACACGGCUACGUGAGUGCGCGUAUGAUGAACAUGGCUCGCGCAGCCGGCGAUAAGGGCCUACCACUCUGCAUCUCCGCUACACAUGUGGAUGGACUUGUACUCUCCCUUUCUCCCUUCUCGCACAGCUACAAUUACCGCUCCGUGGUGCUCCACGGGUAUGGUGUGCCGGUCACAGAUGAAGAGGAGAAAAAUUAUGCCAUGAAGAUAAUCACCGACGGCGUCGUGCCGGAUCGAUGGGAGAAUACACGAACUCCUCCGGAUGCCGGUGAGCUCCAGAGCACGACCAUCUUGCGGGUGAAGAUCGUAGCGGGCAGUGGAAAGGUGCGCGACGGAGAGGUGUCGGACGAGAAGAGGGAUAUUGAGAGCACGGAGGUCAGGGAGAAGGUGUGGUCGGGCAUUGUUCCGGUCUGGCAAUGCUUGGGUGAGCCGGUGCCAAGCUCGACGAACAAAGUGAAGGAAGUGCCUGGAUAUAUUAAGGAUUAUGUUUCGAAGACGACAGAGGAGAACCGGAUGCAUGCGUUGGCCGCCAUGAAGCUUCCUGGCUCCCAUACCCCUUGA